GCCCAGGGCUGCAAGGUCGAAAUGAAUAACUUGGAAGAAUUUAAGUUAUUAAAGCUUUAAACUUCAUAGCUUCCGACGCCACCAGCCCACGUAACUUUCUCGAUCACUCCAUUCUUUUCUUAUCCUUUUUUUUUAAACCGUCGAACCACGAAUAUACCAUCUUCCCAACAAACACCCCGCUCUAUAAACCCCCUUUUCUCUCCCGUAAGCCAAACGAAAAGAAAUCACAAAACCCAAAGCCAAAACCAAAGUUUUGACCAUUGACCUUUAUGGUUUUCUACUAUCCGGUUUCUAAUCGCCUCCGCCUCUUAACACCGGCAUGAGCGGACGGUUGAUAGCAGCGGUCGGGCGCCUCCCGGCGACGCGCCCGGCCAUGGUGAGAGCUAUGCGUCAAUAUCACCAACUGCCCUCAGGUGGUAUCCUUCGCGCCGAUGCUUCCAUCCGUACUACACGACGGCGCAUGUGGUUCCCCAUGAACUCAUUCCAUAAUGCCGUUAUCGCACGCAACGCUUCCUUUGCCCGUUUCUUGCCGAGGUUGGUUGUAAAGUUUGUGAGGGUUCCUGCUAUGGCAGGAGGCGCCAUGAUCGCCGGUCUUGCAUGGGUUCAGUACCAAGCUACACAGGCAGGAAAUUACGCCUGGGAUGUGAUUAAUACCGCAACCGACUCCGUCACAAGCACCGCGAGCGGCAUAUGGGUUGGUGCCAGAGAUAUUGUUGGCCAGACGAAGCAAGGGUGGGAAAAUACAAAAGAGCAAGUCGAACAGGUUCAACUACCUGAAUGGAUGCAAAAGAUCUUAAGGUUACAAGAAGAGAUAGGCACUGGAAGUGGCGGCAAGGGAUCGGGAGAUGAGCCCCCAAAGCAGAGUAGAGUAGGCGCCGCUGCUGCUGCCGGUGCCACCGCCGUCGCCUACGGCUACGACCAGUCUUCUGAGGACGAUCCCCGGAACCCCGACGAGAUGGCCAAGGAUGACCAGAUGAUGGUGCUGACUAAAAAGAUGAUCGAGAUUCGAAACAUAUUAGCAAGAGUCGGGCAGUCGAGUACCCUUAGUUUGCCGUCUAUCGUUGUCAUUGGGUCUCAGUCCUCCGGAAAGAGCUCUGUUCUAGAAGCUCUUGUGGGGCACGAGUUCUUACCCAAAGGGUUGAACAUGGUUACUCGAAGACCUAUUGAGCUUACCCUAAUAAACACACCCGAAUCAGAUGUUGAAUACGGUGAAUUCCCGGAUCUAGGCUUGGGCAAGAUCUCAGACUUUUCCUCCAUCCAACGAACUUUGACCGAGCUCAACCAAGCUGUUCCUGCCAGCCAGUGUGUGUCGGAUGACCCCAUUCGUCUCUCCAUCUCAUCGCCCCAUGUUCCUGACCUCUCGCUUAUUGAUCUUCCUGGAUACAUCCAAGUGGUAGGACAGAACCAACCCUUGGAGUUGAAGCAAAGGAUAUCUGAACUUUGUGACAAAUACAUACAACCACCGAAUGUCAUCUUGGCCAUUUCGGCUGCCGAUGUUGACUUGGCUAACUCGACGGCGCUGCGAGCUAGUCGAAGAGUUGACCCCAGAGGAGAAAGGACAAUAGGAGUUGUGACUAAGAUGGAUUUGGUCGAUCCUACUCGGGGUGCGUCGAUCUUAACUGAUAAGCAAUACCCUCUCCGUCUAGGCUACGUUGGCGUCAUUCCCCGUGCACCGGUAACGACUGGCUUAUUCAAGAAGGGUAAUGCAAACAUCAUGUCUGUUAUUACCCGAAACGAACACACCUUUUUCUCCGCACACCCUAUGGAGUUUGGUGCUGGUUCUGAAGUUCAAGUCGGGACUGCAACACUACGCAAGAAGCUUAUGCACGUCCUCGAACAAACCAUGUCGAGUAGCUUACAGUCUACUAGCGAUGCAAUUCGACAAGAGCUUGAGGAGGCUACUUAUGAAUUCAAGGUCCAAUACAAUGAUCGACCGUUGUCCGCCGAGUCGUAUUUGGCCGAGAGCCUAGACGCUUUCAAGCAUUCUUUUAAGCGAUUCACUGAAGAGUUUGGUCGACCUCAAAUGAAUGAGCUUUUGAAGAAUGAGCUAGAUCAGCGGGUGCUAGACUUAUUAGCAGCGAGGUAUUGGAACAAACCUAUUCACGAUCUAGGUGUUCCCAUCGCCGAGCCUAAUAGCCUUGCAGACCUUCCCAAAGCGGACCCAGACUCUCUCUACUGGCGAAGGCAACUUGAUGCUUCCACUUCCGCGCUCACGAAACUUGGUGUUGGCAGACUCGCUACUAAUGUAGUGGCCAACUCAAUCCAAUCUCACAUUGACGCAUUAAUCGGCCAUUCAACGUUUGUGAAUCAUCCUUUUGCGCGCCAAGCGAUCACCGAGGCCGCUUCGAGCAUUCUAAAUGACAGGUUCUACAGCACUAGCGAUCAAGUAGAAAACUGCAUUAAGCCCUUCAAGUUCGAUAUUGACAUGGAAGAGCGCGAGUGGACUGCGGGUCGAGACCACGUCCAGGGUGUUCUUAAGAAGGAACUGACAGCCUGUGAAGGUGCUAUGAAGGACCUUGAAGGCACAGUUGGCGGACGGAGAAAGCUUAAGGAAGUUAUGAACUUUAUCGAUAAGGCCAGGAAAGGUGAUGUGCUGGUCGAAGGCGACAGCAGUAGCGGUGCGGGAGGAUUUAGCGCUGAGCUGCUUACCAGAGGACGAGAUGCCGUGUUCCUUCGCGACCGUGCUGAUAUCAUCAAGAUGCGAAUGCUUGCAGUGAAGUCAAAACAAUGCACUAACAUGCAGAACAAGUACCAUUGCCCGGAAGUCUUCUUGGACGCAGUAGCUUCGAAAUUGGCUUCAACAGCCGUUCUUUUCCUAAACGUGGAGUUACUCUCAGAGUUCUACUACAACUUCCCACGCGAACUUGAUUUGAGACUUGGACGCCACUUGUCCGACGACCAGGUAGAAAAGUUCGCCAAGGAGGAUCCGAAGAUCAAGAAGCACCUGGAAGUUAUCAGGCGUAAGGAGCUCCUUGAACUGGUCCUGGAGAAGAUGGAAAGUCUCCGACAGCUUGAAGGUUUAGAAAGGGAACGGCCGAGGGCGGGUACAAAAAAAAGUAGCGAGAAAGAAAGGGGACGAUGGGGUCUCUUCUAGGUUAGGGGGUUUUGGUUUUGGUUUUGGCUGUGGUGGUGGUGGUGGUGGUGUCUUUUUUUUUAGUUCUACCUACCUACCUGCCUACCUACUAAACGAUUUUGCCUCUCCAUUCCCCUUCCCCUGGUUAGGUACUCACUUCUCACGAAUGAUCAUGAUAAAGAAUAAGAAUAAGAAUUAAAGAGUCGACGUUAGAAAUGCUUGCUUCGGCGGUCAUCGGGUGUUUUUAGACAUCAUGCCUAAGUUUCCCCUUGAUAGCCGUCCCAUCGAUGCCAGGCUUGUGUAUAUGUGUUUUCAUGCCUGGAGGUAUCUAGAUUUAAGCUCCCCCAUUUCCACGUAACAAUAUGUUCGUUAUACGUAAAUUACUCUCGACUUCAAG